AAGGGAAAUGCUAUUUGAGAAGUAACGCACAUAUACAUACAUAAAUCCAAAAGAAUGACGCGGAAGGUUAGGCAAUACAGUGUGCUCUAAUUUGGAAGAAAAAUCUACAUGUACAUUGAAGCUCUUUUGUGAGACGAUACGGUUUGGAAUAUUUUCGUUUUUCAUGUACACCGCCCCCCCCCCUCCCCUUCCCUUCGCGAGACGCAGGACUUCAGGGAAGCUGCAACAGUUCACCGUGUGGACUGAAUCUGCCAGUGAGAGGUGGCUCGCGAGGUAACGGUUUAAUAGGCUACGCGCCGGGCAACCGACGAAUACCGCAGCAUCUGCUUUGGCUGUGACUUCGAAGCAAGGAGUCACACCCGCUGGCUGUGCUGAGCAGCAGGAGGUGAAGCAGCCGGACCAGACCGGUGCGGAACCUUCCAGCACCUGAGCCGUACGGCGGCGGCUGGAGCGGCUAGCCUCUCUCCCCGCGGCGUGUAGCACUGCAUCCCGCUGUCCCUAUCUCCUGUGACUCUGAGCAGAACAGAGCCUUUCCUCUCCCACAGCUGACGGAGACUUCCAGAAGCGGGCUCGACGGAGGGCCCCUAUGUGCGUGCGUGUGAGAGCAGCGCCCCCUGCUGUUCCCCCCGAGGCGUGACACUGCGGGCGAGAGAGCGAGCUCCGGUUCCUCAGCCUGGGAGACCAUGGCUGUCUGACAGGGAGGGAGGAGGGGGAGCGAGGGAACCUCAGCCGUCCAAUCACCUGGCUUAGAUGCACAUGUAUCUGGGCGCUUCUCCGGGGAGAGCCAAUCGAGUCCAAGACGGCGGCCAGCGGGGAGGACAGGCAUCCCAGCAUGCCCGGGGAGGCGCUGCAGGCAGAUAGCAAGGCGGUGGCCGGGUCCUCCGGCGGGGGGGGGGCUCCCUCCGCCGUCCCGCUGCGGAUCCUCAACAAGGGGCCCGAGUACUUCCGGCGGCAGGCGGACGCCAACCCCAAACGGCUGAGCGCGGUGGAGCGGCUGGAGGCCGACAAGGCCAAGUACGUCAAGAGCCAGGAGGUGAUCAACGCCCGCCAGGAGCCCAUCAAGCCGCCGGCCACCUCCUCGUCCCCCGGCCCCGCCCCCGGCCCCGCCCCCAGCCCCGCCCACCUGCAGGCCCGUGGGCCCCGCAGGGCCGGGAGCAGCCCCGCCCUCAAGGCCUCCAACAACAACGCCGGCAAGGCGGACAGCUGUCGCCCCGGCAACCUCAACCUGGAGCUGCUGAAGAACCUGCUGAACGGCGGGGAGGCGUUGCCGCGGGCGACGGGGCGGAAGCGGAGCUCACGCAGCUGGGCGCCGCAGCGUUCCGAGCCCACCGAGCUGAACCGCCGCUCCUUCGCCGAGUCACUGCGCGUCUUCCCCUCCCACGGCCACGCCCACGCGCAGGGCGCCAACCUCAACCUGGAGCGCGCCGGCCACGCCCGCUCCCGCGACCCCUGGCUGCACGUGUCCCACAGCUCCUCCGACAUCCGCCGCAUCUGCCGCCGGGCCGCGCCCGCCGGAGGCUCCGCCCCCUCCCUGCCGCCCGAGCCCUACGCCCCGCCCCCCGGCCACCAGGGCCUGGCGCCCGAGGGCGGGGCCGGCGAGGCGGGGGGCGGGGCCGGGGGCGGGCCGAAGAGGCCGUCGCUGCGGCGCUCCAAGUCGGACCUGAGCGAGCGGCACGCGCGGGCGGAGGCGGAUCUGGAGCGCUUCUUUAACCAGUGCGGCCUGGAGCCCGAGGAGCUGGAGCGGCUGGGCCUGCAGGGCCUGGCCGGGUCCGACAUCGUCUCCCUCAACCUCCACAGCGCCAGCACCGCCGGCUCCGAGCCCGGGGGCCGCGGGUCCCGCCGCAGCGACGAGGACGACGACGACGAGGAGGACGAGGAGGAGGAGGACCUGAUGGAUGAGGAGGACGAGGAAGACCGGGUUCCGUACGGAAUCUCAGCCGUGGAGCGGAACGCCCGGGUCAUCAAGUGGCUCUACAGCAUCCGACAAAACCGCGAAUCACAGCGAGUCUCUCACGUCUGAGAGAGAGGGAGAGAGGGGGAGAGAGGGAGAGGGAGGGGGGGAGAGAGGGAGAG